ACCACCUCAUAAUUCUAACACUGAAGUUGAAUUUAGAGGGCGCUGGUGCCGAUAGAGCAUUGUGUCCGAGAAGGUUCUAGGCCGUGUGCAGAGUGUCAAGAGGGAUCCUGAGAGGCAAAAUUGCGCUGACUGCGAAGGAUCCCAUGCAUUAACGAAGUUUUUAAGCCUUAAACAUGAUAGAAAUAACCACAUAAAGUGUAUUUACAAAUAAAAUGGAAUCAACGCCUUCACAUCUAAGGCACUAGAUACUUGUUAUAUCGAAGGAAAGGCGAUUGAUUUCAGUUUCAUAAACAGCGCAUGGUGUUUAUUGGAACCAGUACCCUCCGUCUUUAUUCAAUCUUCGUUUGGACUUGCGUCAAGUGAUAAAACAAACGUAACGAUAAAAAAGCAAGGGUAUGCAUGUGCUUUUAUUCAGGACAAAAAUUUUGAUUAUUUUUUAGCUCCCUGACAAAGCGGCAACCUUGGAGUUCAUUGUUUACCACAUAGAAGGUCUUGUGGGCGAACAGAGACGAAUCCUUUUUUCAUUUACCACAGACAGAAAAUGGUGAAUUAUACUUACGCUAUCAGUGGGUUUACAAUUCGUGGAUUUUUUGUGCAUAAGCGGCAUUGGACACCAAGAAGUGGUCAACUAUUAGAUUGUGUAAUCAGCCAAAAGGGUGCGGUAAAAGUGGUUAAAGGAAAAUCUGUAAAUGGUUCAGUACCAACAGAAUUGCAGGAAGUUUCAAGGAACUUUUUAAAAGCAGGAGGUGAUAUAAAGGCUCAAGUCUUACAGGUUACACCAGUGAAUGGACCGAAUGGCGAAGAAAUCCGUUGCAAAUAUAUUUGGUCAUAUGGAUCUAAUAAAACUAAAACAGCUUUGGUAAAAACUGCAGUCAGUGUGGCCAGAGAAGCUGUUGCAAAACUAAGGAAGAAAGCCAACAAUAAAAAAAUCUCGUUUAAAAAGGUCAAUGAAGCUAAGAAAAACAACCUGAGAAAACGCAGUACAGGAAAUGUCGAUGCUGCCACUGACAAAACAUUUUCAAAGAAAAAGAGCACAGUGCAACAUCAGAGAGACAUGGGCAAGAGUGUUGUGAAAAAUGGAAAUCUAGGAGGUCCAUGUACUUCAACAAUAACUUCAGAUGAUCUCCCUGUUGGAAACAACAUACCCACUGAGGAGAAGAUUCCACUCACUUCAAAGGAUUUAGCAAAAAUAGCACAGUGCAUAAAUGUAAACUGGGAAUUACUAGCAGCAGAAUUAGAACUGAAUGACACUGAGGUUUGGCAGAUACAGACAGAUAACAAAGGUGCAGAGGUCAUAAUUUACAAGGUGCUUCAGAAAUGGAAAGAGAUAAAAGCAGAUGAAGCAUGCCUUCAGAGCUUUAAGAGAGCUGUGGCAGAAUGCCCAAAGGUUGGUUUUGAGCAGCCGAAGUUGAAUAAUCUUAUGCUCAAGAUAGCAAAGGAUUACAAGGAAGAAAAGUCAAAACUUAAUUAAAAUACAUAAUUAUUAUCUUAUGAUGCAUAUUGACUUAUGAUACAUGUUGUCUUGAUUUGUUAAAUGAGCAAUGUCAAGAAAUACAAAGGCAAAAUCUGGAGACUGGUCUUAUAGUUCUAGCAUUGUUUAAUUUUAAAAAUCGCCAAAAGCAAUGUUGCACAUAUUAUUGGACCCUUUUUAGCUCACCUGAGCAAACAGUGCUCAAAGGUGAGCUUUUAUGAUCACCCUGUGUCCGUCGUCAGUCUGUCUUCGUCGUUUUCGUCAUCAACAAUUUGACUGUUAACACUGUAGAGGUCACAAUUUUGGCCUAAUCUUAAUGAAACUUGGUCAGAAUGUUACCCUCGAUAAAAUCUUGGACCAGUUCUAUAUUGGGUCAUCUGGGGUCAAAACUAGGUCACCAGGUCAAAUAAAAGGAAAAGCUUGUUAACACUGUGGAGACCACAUUUAUGACUGCACCUUGAUGAAACUUCGUCAGAAUGUUUAUCUUGAUGAUCUUAAGGUCCAGUUAGAAUCUGAGUCUUGUAGGGUCAAAAACUAGGUCACCAGGUCAAAUCAAAGGAAAAGCUAUUUAACACUCCAGAGGCCACAUUUAUGACCAUAUCUUAAUGAAACUUGGUCAGAAUGUUAAUCUUGUUGAUUUAUAGGUCACAUUCAAAUCUGGGUCAGGUGGGGUGAAAAACUAGGUCACUAGGUCAAUCAAAGGAAAAGCUUGUUAACACUCUGGAGGCCACAUUUAUGACUGUAUCUUUAUAAAACUUAGUCAGAAUGAUAAUCUUGAUGAUCUUUAGGUCAAAUUUAAGUCUUAAGUCAUGUGGGGCAAAAACAAGGUCACCAGGUCAAAUUAAAGGAAAAGCUUGUUAACAGUCUAGAGGCCUCAUUUAUGACUAUAUCUUCAUAAAACUUAGUCAGAAUGUUAAUCCUGAUGAUCUUUAGGUCAAGUUCGAAUCUGGGUCAUGUGGGGUCAAAAACUAGGUCACUGGGUCAAAUCAAAGGAAAAGCUAGUUAACACUUUAGAGGCCACAUUUAUGACCAUAUCUUAAUGAAACUUGGUCAGAAUGUUAAUCUUUAUGACCUAUAGGUCAAUAGGUCAGGUGAGCGAUACAGGGCCUUCUUGGCCCUCUUGUUGCUAGUUGUAAAAGAAGAAGUUUUAUAAAAUCAUCAUGUAUCAUUUUAUUUCUAAAAUAAUUUAAUUUCAAGUUUUGAAAAGUCAGUUUCAUUUUUAGUUCACUUUUUCAUGUUAAUAUGAUUAACAGAAAUGAAAUUUCAAAUAACGCUCUGAUACAUAUUUGUGAUUAAGGUAGUUCUGCACGUUUGAUAAACCUUAAGUGAUGGCGUUACGUCAUUUAUCUGUAAAACGUAGAAUAAUACCUGGAUUCAGCAUACGGAAACGAAAAUCAUUUUAUGAGUUAAUGGCAACCAGUGAGUAAAUUUAUUAAAAUGGCACUGUUACUAUCUUUUAAAAUUAAAAUAUGAUAUCAAACCAUCUGACACUUCAAAUAAUUCAAAAUAAUGUCUUACAAUUAUCUUGAAAUAGGCGGUUCACUUUAAUCACAGCCAAAUAUCUCAAAAGCACACGGACCUUUAUAUUUUAUUCCACCAUAUUAUAGGCCAUAUAUUUAUUUACAACUGAGAAGUUUUAUUAAAAUCUACAUUUUAGAAAAAUUUCUAUUCGCGAAAAUGUUAUGAAAGUUGCGAUUUUAUUUCGCUGUAAAUGAGAUGUGAAACCAAAAUUUGUAGUCCUGUUUGGCGCCAUAUAACCUAUACUGUGUUGGUGCGCCGUAAAACCCAAAUAAAUAAAUAAAUUCCCAUAGACUCCCAUUAUGAAAACUUGCGUGAGGGUGAAAUGUUUCAAAUCAGUCUAGCAAAAAAUCAAGCACACGACCCAAUCUUCUUUAUUUGCUGAAUUUUCUUAGUAUAUUCAGAAGUUUUGAAAAAUCAGAGUUUAAUCAAAUUCUACAUUGUAGAAAAAAUUUCAAUCAUAACGUGCAGAACUCAGGGCCUCCUCUGGGUUUUUCAUACUUGUCGCCAACCUUUUCGCCAAUUUGAAAAAGUUGGAGCCACUUUAGAGCCAUUUUUGAGCCCAAGUUCUGAGCCACUUUUAUUUCUUUUAGUUGGCUGUCAUAGUGUGCAUAGAGAAAUAAAAUAUUGUAAAUAUUUUCAUUAGGAAUAAUAACAACUUUUGAAGGUGUAUUAGUUUAUUGUAGAAGUAAAUUCAAUUUGUAGUUGGAUAAAAAAUGACACAAAUCAUUCUCUAAUUUAAGAAUCAUAUCUAUCCAUGUCAGAAUUACCAAUAUUUCAGGACUCAUUUAUUUUCGGAAAGGAAAAUUCGGAUUUUUUUCUAUUCUAAAAGGCCGAGUUGAACAUUCUUCUAAUGAUUUUUAAGAAGCCAGUAGCAAGUGAUACCUUCCAGUUUCUGAACAUUUCAAUUUCAAAGAAAUUAACCAGGUCCAGGAUGCAAAUUGAGGCCGAUGUGUUUUAAUUUUAAUCAAAAAUUAUCUUGCAAAAAAGUAACAAAUUAAAUGUAUCUUUCGUACUUAUUUAAAAUUCGUCAGUCAUACAACUGCAUGCCACAAACAUGACAAUCUUUUUUUUUUUGUAAAAAAUCGCAACACAAAAAGUACACCGUAAUCGGCGUUAAUUUUGGUGAAUUCUCGGCAGAGGUCAAACAUACAAGCUAGCAGAUGUUUUGAUUACUGAUUAAUCUUCUAUUCACACAUUAUUACGCAAUUAUCUUCUCAAAGUGUCAACCAACUUCAAUAGUCGAAUUGUCAAAUACACCGCCUAGACUGGUUAUCGAUUUUAUUCACUACCAGCGUCUAGGUAAACACGUGUAUCGGGAACCAAUUCUUGGGCCGCUUAUAUCACUACGGAAAAAACAGAUGCCGAGGAAAAAAACUAUGCGCCACUUAUUUUCGCCAGUGCGCAAAAUUUAGCGCCAAAUUCUUAAAAUUAUCGCAAAUGGCGACAUUGGCGAUCGGCAGCGGAGGCCCUGAGAACUACCUUAAAUAGAACAGUACAUUGUCUUAUAUCUCGUACAUUUUGAAGUAAAACUACAAAUUUAAAAGUAUGUAUUAUUUUAUUUUCGUUGUUCAGUUAUGUGAUUUUAUUAUUUUUUAACCUUUUGAGAAGUAGUGUGUGUUAAAUGUGUGAUAGAAUUUGUGCUGGUUGUAGUUUAAACUUUAUCUUUUACUUUUAAAAACAGUAUGAAUUGUUUCAUAUUUGUGUUUCUGUGUAUUUUUAGCUCACCUGCCACGAAGUGACAAGGUGAGCUAUUGUGACCGCUUGAUGUUCGUCGUCCGUCAACAAUUUCUAAAAAAAUCUUCUUCUUGAAAACCACUGGGCAGAAUUACACCAAACUUCACAGGAAUGAUCCUUGGGUGGCCCCCUUUCAAAAUUGUUCAAAGAAUUGAAUUCCAUGCAGAACUCUGGUUGCCAUGGCAACCGGAAGGAAAAACUUUAAAAAUCUUCUUGUCCAAAACCACAGGGCCUAGGGCUUUGAUAUCUGGUAUGUAGCAUCAUCUAGUGGUCCUCUACCAAAAUAAUUCAAAUUAUCCCCCUAGGGUCAACUAUGACCCCACACCGGGGGUCACAUAGUUUAUAUAGUCUUAUAUAGAGAAAACUUUGAAAAUCUUCUUAUACAAAACCACAAGGCCUAGGGCUUUGAUAUUUGGUAUGUAGCAUUAUCUAGCGGUCCUCUAUCAAGAUUGUUCAAAUUAUCCCCCUAGGGUCAAAUAUGGCCCUGCCCCGGGGGUCCCAAGUUUUACAUAGACUUAUAUAGGAAAAAACUUUAAAAAUCUUCCUGUCUGAAACCACAUGACGUAAGCAUUUGAUAUUUUGUUUGUAGCAUUGUCUUAUGGUACUCAACCAAAUUUGUUCAAAUUGUACCCCUGGGGUGAAAAGAGGCCCUGCCUUGGGGGUCCCAUGUUUUAUAUAGACUUAUAUAGGAAAUAACUUUAAAAAUCUUCUUGUCUGAAACCACACAACCUAGGCUUUUGAUAUUUGGUAUGAUGCAUUGCCUAAUAGUACUCUACCAAAAUUGUUUAAAUUAUGCCCCUGGGGUUAAAAGAGGCCCCACCCUGGGGUCACUUAAUUAUUAUAUGAGUUAUAUAGGAAAAAUACUUGAAGAAUUAUCUGAUCCUAUUUCCAAGACUGUUUAAUAAUAAUUACCUGGCCCCGUGUUCACAAAACAUUUUCAGUCUCAGCUGAGUUUGAUAAUGAAACUUUAUUUGUCAUUUAUAUAAAUAUAGCCUGUUAAAACUUUUACGUUAAUAACUAUUUUUAAAUGACUAUUCAGUAUUGACGGGUAGUCUUAGUUGGAAUUAAACCCUUUAAGUUUUAGUAAAACUGAUAUUAAAAUUUUAAACUCAGACUCAACUGAGACCGAAAAAUGUUUUGUGAACACGGGGCCUGAUGACCCUAAGUAUUAUGAUGUCACUUGACUGUGGCCUUGACCUGCUGACCUACUUUGUUGUUUUUUAAGAUACAGCCUUGAAAUUUAGAUGACAUGUACAGUUUUGCACACCGAUCAUAAAACUGAAUUGCAUUGACUAUGAAUGUGACCUACUGACUUUCUUAAUAUUUUAUCAUCAGUUUGACAUUUGAAACUUGUUGCUCAUAUUACUCAGGUGAGUGAUUCAGGGUCAUCAUGACCCUCUUGUUGUAUUUAUUUUUAGUUUAUUUGAAGAUUUUCCUUAUUGUUUAAUAGAGUAUGUCAUAAGUAAGUAAAUAUCAAUUAUUCUAAGAAAUCUAAUAAUGAAUUUCUCAAUAAACGUCAACUGUGCCAAUCAAAUAAUUCAAUUCUGAGUGGAAGAAUUUGGCAAUUGAAAUAACAAUUCAUUCUUGGAUUUAGUUUUAUAUUGGUUUAUAAGCAUAAUUAUAGAAUGCAAGAAAAUUUGGAAAUGAUACUUCAUUCAGCAAUAAUUUAUCAUCUCGACUAUUUAAAAUGUUUCAAAUGGUACAACCAUUGUGAUUACCCAUUCAUUGGCUUUGGGGUCUGCUUCAAAACAGUUUUGCAUGUUUCUCAGACAUGUCUUCACACAUGUCUUCCCCAUCAUAAGCAAGUAACAUAACAAUAAUUAUAUGUCCCUCUUUAACUUAGAAUUCUGUUGAAGUUUGGCAUGUAAGCAAUCUUCAGAUGUGUCUUUUGGCAUCACGAGAUGACCUCCCAUGAAAAGUCAGGGGUGGCAAAAUCCGAGACUGACUUGCUUGUCCGUUUUUAGCUCGACUAUUCGAAGAAUCGGGGAACUAUCCUACUAGCCCCGGCAUCGGCGUGAGCGUUAGCAUCACACAAAUUUUAAAGUUUGCGUACCACCCCAAAUAUUUUCAAAGUCCAUUGAGAUAUUGCUUUCAUAUUUUGCAUACUUGUUUACCAUCAUGAUCCCAGUCUGUAAAAAGGAGGAGGCAACUCUAUCAAACAUUUUGACUGAAUUAUGGCCACUUUUCGACUUAGAAUAUGCUUAUUGUAAUGUUAAAGUUUUACUCAUAGCUUAUAUUAUACUAUCGAGCACUGAGAAUAGUCGAGCGCGCUGUCUACUGACAGCUCUUGUUGUCAGUUGCUACAUGUAUUUUGUACUUGUCCAUAUGAUAGUUAUAUAGUAAAUUCUGGUCAAAUUUCACUUGUCUGUACAUACUUUGGGACAACCUGGGCAAUACGGACAAUUGAAUUUGCCACCCCUGCAAGUUACAUAACUCUAGCUUUUAUCAUGUCUAAAAUAAGCCCUUGUUUAUCUUAGAAUGUCAAGUUAAAUUUCUCGAAAACUACAUAGCCAAUUGCUUUCAAACUUCACACAUUAGAUGUCAAGUUAGAUAACUAGCUUUUACUUUGUCAAAAUUAUGCAUGCUCCUUUUUAUCAUAGAAAUUUUGUGAUAGAUUUGCAUGUACAUGUAUGUUUCUCAAAAAUUACUUGACUAAAUAUAUUUAGAUUCCGCACAUGUCUUUGGCAUCAUGGGAUGAUCUAACAUGGUAAGUUUCUUAACUCUGGCUUACAUUUUAGCAAAAUUAUGCCCCUUUAUCAAGUUUGAAAUUUUGCUAAAGCUUUUGUAUAUUAGGUUAGGUAGUAUUAGGUCGAAGGGCUUCAAAUAGUCAAGCGUGCUGUCAUUAGACAGCUCUUGUGUAUAUAUAUAUUCAUUUUUAAAUUGAACUAAGGUUGAAUUUUCCACUAGUGAUAAUGAACAGCUUUGUAAAAUGAAAGGCUUGACUGUCUCAAUUUAUUGUGUACAACAAGUUUUGUUGUUCCCCUGCUCAAACUACAUUGUAAAGUUUUUUAUGGAGAAAACUAGUUUUCCAGAGAUACUCUUCAUUAAUUUAAACAAUUUUGCCUAUUGUAUAUAUGCUAAUAUAUUCAAAUGUAUUGUGUAAAAUCAAGUGAAACAAAUGUGUUUGUGAUACCUACAUGUUAAUUUACAUUAGCUGUGCUAACAGAUAUUUACAUAUCUGAAAUAGUAUUAUACUGAAUGAUGUAAAGCCACCUAUGUGUUCAAAAGAAUAACGUGUUCAUACAUAUUUUUAGCUCAUCUGAGCCAUGUUAAGGUGAGUUUUUGUGAUCGCUCGAUGUCAGGCGUCCGACGUCUGUCUGUCAGCAGUUAGCUUGUGUAUGCGAUAGAGGCUGUAUUUUUCAGUUGAUCUUCAUGACAUUUUGUCAGAAUGAUAACCUUGAUGAAAUCUAGGCCAAGUUCAAAAAUAGGUCAUCUGGGGUCUAAAACUAGGUCACUUGGUCAAAUCAAAGAUAAACCUUGUGUAUGCGAUAGCGACUGUAUUUUUCAAUUAAUCUUCAUAAAAUUUGGUCAGAAUGAUUGCCUCGAUAAAAUCUAGGCCGAGUUUGAAUAUCAGUCAUCUGGAUCAAAAACUAGGUCAUUAGGUCAAAUCAAAGUAAAAGCUUGUGUAUGCGAUAGAGGCUGUAUUUUUCAAUUGAUCUUCAUUAAAUAUGGUCAGAAUUAUUGCCUAGAUGACAUCUAGGUAGAGUUUGAAUAUGGGUCAUUUGGGUUCAAAAACUAGGUCACUAAGUCAAAUCAAAGAAAAACCUUGUGUAGUUGAUAGAGGCUGUAUUUUUCAAUUGAUCUUCGUGAAUUAUGGUCAAAAUGAUUGCUUUGAUAAAAUCUAGGUCAAGUUUGAAGAUGGGACAUUUGGGGUCAAAAACUGGGUCACUAGGUCAAAUCAAAGAAAAACAUUGUGUAUGCGAUAGAGGCUUAUUUUUCAAUUGAUCUUCAAGAAAUUUGGUCAGAAUGUUUGCCUUGAUAAUUAUCUAGUUUAAGUUUGAAUAUGGGUCAUCUGGGGUCAAAAACUAGGUCACUAAGUCAUAUUAAGACAAUACAUUUUUGUUGCAGUCUUAAUGAAAAUUGGCCAGAAUAUUUGAUUCCAUGAAAUUACUAGGUCAAACUGUUAUGGUGUGUCUCUUGGCCCUCUUGUUUAAUCCCCCGCCACGAGUGGUGGGGGUUAUAGGAAUUGUCUAUCUGCCCAUCCUUCUGUCCUUCUGUAGGAUUUCGUGUCCGCUCUGUAUCUCCUAAACCCCUUGAAGAAUUUUCAUGAAACUUUGGUCAUAUAAGUACCUCAUCAAGACGAUGUGCCUAACCUAUGAGUCAGCCAUUUCGGCUCAAGGUCAAGGUCACAACUCUAGGUCAAAGGUUUGAACCUUCCAUUUCGUGUCCGCUCUGUAUCGCCUACACCCCUUGGAGAAUAAUCAUGAAAUUUGGGUCAAAUGAUCACCUCAUUAAGACGAUAUGCAGAAUGUAUAAGUCAGCCAUGUUGGUUAAAUGUCAAGGUCACAACUCGAGGUCAAACAUUUGAGUCUUCAAGCUUGUGUCCGCUCUGUAUCUCCUAAACCCACUGAAGGAUAAUCAUGAAACUGGUCAAAUAAUCACCUUAUCAAGACAAAGCACAGAACAUAUGAGUCAGCCAUUUCGGCUUAAGGUCAAGGUCACAACUCGGGGUUAACUGUUUGAGCCUCCCAUUGUCCGCUCUGUAUCUCCUAAACUCCUCAAAGGAUUUUCAUGAAAUUUGGGUCAAUUAUUCACAUCUGAAAUUUGGGUCAGUUAUUCACAUCAUCAAGACGAUGUGCAGAACUUAUGAGACAGUCUUUUUGGCUCAAGGUCAAGGUUACAUCUCAAGGUCAAAGGUUAGAGCCUUCUAUUUUAUGUCUGCUCAAUAUCUUCUUAACCCCUUGAAGGACUUUAAUAUGACUUGGCUUUAAUCUGUGUAUGAAAAGAAUUGGAACCACUGCCUUACCCUUGCUUGAUCGUAAGAGGCGACUAAUAGGGUCUUAACACUUAGUUUUGCUGUAACUCUGUGAUUCCAGCAGGUAUGCAAAUUUUGAUUCCAUACCUCGUGUUUUUAUUUCGAUGUAAAUGAGAUGUGAAACCAAAACUUGUAGUCCUGUUUGGCGCCAUAUAACCUAUACUGUGUUGGUGGGCCGUAAAACCCAAAUAAAUAAAUAAAUACAUAUUAAUAUUCCCUUUGACAAGACUAUAAUUAUGCAGAAUUCAAAAUUCACCCCUGCCAGCUUAAGUUCAAGGUCACAACUCGAUUGUUUAAUGGUUCCACCCAAUACCAUAAACCCUUUCGCAAUCCAUAACAAUGGUGGGGAAUAUAGCUGUCUUUCAGACUGCCUUGUUGUAUUCAAUGUACACUUAAUUCAGAGUUUUAUGUAUCGUUGCAAAUCUAUUCUUAAACACAUGCAAGGUCAAGUAUAUAUUAUGAAGAAUGUUCUCAUUUCUUUGAACAAGUUUGUGUCCUUCGCACAUAAUGAAGAUUAAAAGUAUCUAUCUAAUUUUAUUGAUUAAAUAGUAUGAGUCUGUUGACUGGUUAUUCUGAUGGCUAGUCAUUUAAAAAAUAUAUUGAGAUUUAGUAUUAAUGAUUUUGUCAUUGACAAUCAGUAAUUUAUUAUGUAUCAUUAUCAGGAUAUCUUUUUACAUACUUUAGUCCCCUACCUGUUCAAGGACAGGGAUGAAGUCUGUAGGAUACAACACUUUUCCAUCUGUCAAACUAUCAUUCCAUCUUUCUAUCAUUCACUCAGUCUGUGCAAAUUUUUGUACCAGCUCUAGAACUGCUCUCUCUUAUCUCAUAUUUCAAAUGAGAACUUUGCAUAAAUACUAUCCAUAAUUGUAGACAUGUCAUGCACAACAUGUAGGCCGUAGCUCAAGGUCACAUUUUAGGUCGAAGGUCAACAAGGUAUGUUUUGUGUUAGCUUCGUAACUUUUCAAUGUAUCAAAGGAAUUUGAUACUGUUUUGACACAAACUUUCCAAUAAAGAGAUAAUGCAGCUAAACUCUGCCACUAGUUUAAAGGCUAUUGUCACACUCGGUGUUCAAAGAUUUCAGGUCAUUGUAUUUGUCAGCUACUAAGUAGCUUUGCCAUACAUAGAUUAUAUAAGAAUAAUUUGGCCCAGACAUUCACUGUUACAUGAUGUUUGGUUGCUUGCAACACCCAGACCCUUACCUCAGAAGUCAAGAUAACAUUUGCACUCGAUCAUUUAUUGAUUUUCUUGUGGAGUCAUAAAAUGUUUAUGCAUGAAGAGAUAUUCAAAUAACUUGCCAUGAAAUUUCUCCAUAAUAAGAUGAUGUACCUUUUGACCCAGGUAAGUGUCCUUUCUUCGAAUUACUUCCCUUUAAUAGAAUUAAGUUUUUCAUUACAUUUCUUAUAUUUUCUUACCAAUUUAAGAAAGAAAUUUUACUAGAAGAAAGAUGGCAUAUUUUGAUAGAUAUUUAAAGGCAACUGGCCGGUUAUACCUAGUUCAGGCACAGUUUUUGUAAACUGUUUUACCCUUGCAUGUCGUAAAAAGUGUCAUAUAGGACCUUGACACUUGGUUUUGUAGUAUCUCUGUGUUUCCUGUAGGAGUAAAAGUUUUGAUUCCAUGCCUAGUAUUCAUAUUACAGGCCUUCCGGCGUUCCUACUUUUUCCUACAUUUUCCUACUUUUUUAAAUGCCUCCUACUUUUUCCUACUGUUUGAUGAAAACCUACUUCUCCUACUUUUUUGCUUGACAUAAAACGAAAAAAAUAAACAGCCUUUUCAGUAGUUAUAUUUGCAGAUGAUGGACUCUUGAUAUGUUUCUGGAGCUAUUUGGUCUCCCCUGCUAUACAUUGCCUAAUAUCAAGGUACCUGUAAUCCUACCAAACCAUAUGGACACACUGAUUAAAGCUCAGAAACUGCCAGACAAGAUAUCUGUGGUCAUCAUUUUUGGUUGCCAGUGUACAGCCCAGAUCAAGGGCUGGGCCAAGGGGGCUCGUGCAUCUCCCAGUUGGCUGAGAAGUGACAUACUCAUCAAAGAUGUACCCUGCUGUUUAGGCAAAGGAAUAUUUUUUCCUCAAAAUUUAGACCCAGAAAUGCACCAUAGGCCACCAUUUCAUGCCUGUAUUUCAAAAUUUUCCAGGGGAAGAGCCCCCCGACCCCCUCUCCCACAUCCAAGAGGGGAGUAACCCCUCCAUUACCUCAAAAUUUAGACCUAAAAAUGCACCAGAGGCCACCAUUUUAUGCCUGUAUUUCAAAAAUUUCCAGGGCGAGAGUCCCCUGACACCCCUAGAAUGAGGGGUGUACAGCCACCAGUGCAGCAGAGGCCAUAAUUGCAUAUAUGUAUUUCAAAAAAAAAUCAGGGGAAGAUCCCCUAACAUGGGCAAAGUCACUCUUCCAGUACCUAUCCACGCUCACUGUGCACGUCAGCGGUGAUGUCUUCGUUCUAGACUUGUACCCCCCCCCCCCCCCCCCAUCCCCAACCCAGUCAAACCUUUCUGUGUCCGGGCCUGGUGUAGGUGCUGUAUUAACAGCUAUUAAGGUAAACAUUGCAAGUUUCUUUUUAAGAACCUCCUACUUUUCAUACUUUUUUGUCUGCAAACCUGUUUUUCCUACUUUUUGUGUAGGGACCUCCUACUUUUCUCCUACUUUUUUGCAAGACCAUGCUGGAAGGCCUGCAUAUAUGUAUGAGCUGUGAAAUCAAAAUUUUUGGUCUUGUUUGGCAUCAUGUUACCAGUUUCUAUGUUGGUGUGCCGUUCAACCCAAAUAAAAACAAUUGGCAGUUGUAGAGUUUCACACAUGCAAAUUCAAACUCAGACAUGCUGCAUUAUAGUUUGUUGUAUAUUCAAUAACAUUCUUUGUUAAAAAAAAUCUAGUAAAAACUUUGUGUUCUUGAUUGCAUUAAAUGAGACAAAACUCA